CAAACAGCCCCAAAAAUCGAUUUUUGGGCUAUCUAACAGCGUGGCUAAAAGAGUGAAGACGAGCUGGUAAAAAUUGAACAAGUAUACCAGUUUGUAGGAAAUUGUUUGCUCUACAAGAUGUGACAGCUUGUAAAGUUCGACCCUUCGUUCGUGUGCACACAAGUUCGUGACACUUUUGACGGGUUUUUGGUUUUUCUUUGAUUAAUACAGAUUAAUUAGAAUAGUUUCGAACUUGAUAAGCUGUCACACCUUGUAGAGCAAACAAUUUUCUACAAACUGGUAUACUUGUUCAAUUUUUACCAGCUCGUCUUCACUCUUUUAGACACGCUUUUAGAUAGCCCAAAAAUCGAUUUUUGGGGCUGUUUGUACAACAGCUGUAUUUUCAUAACGAAUCAACGUUCAAAGCCGAGACACUUUUCAUUUUGUAGAAAAAUGUUUAAUCUACUUUAUUAUCUAGUUACCAUUUUAGAUUAGUUUGUAGCUUUAUUGCAGUAACUUUUUGAAAAAGAGCAAAAACUAGAGGCCGUUAGCUGGACAAGCCGUUCUAUUGUUUGGGUUCGAAAAAAUUCAUUGUUUUGUCCUUUAAGACGUUAUAAAACAUAAAUUAGCUUUAUACUAUGUUCUGUUUAUUUUAGAUGCGAGCUUGGUGGAGUGAUGUACGAUUUGUGGGAAUCAUUAUUAAUCGAAACAGAGUUAGAAUCUCAGUCAUUAAAAAAUUUGGCUUAUUCAAUGGAUAAACAUAUUAGUCUGCCAUUAAAUAAUCUUGUUCUCAACAAAAAUCUUCAAUUAUCAAAUAAUAUUCAGCAGCGUCAAACUUUUGAAGCUAUCAUGGAAAAAGGACAUGAAAUUGUUGAUUGUAUUAGACAAGAGUAUAUGAAAGCAUUUGAAACAUAUGGUUUGACCCCAAAUUUUUAUACAGCACGUAACGACUACAUCAUCGAACUGGUGGGUUUCAACACAAUGUUAUCGAAGCAUCAUUACAAUAUACUGCCGUCAGUGCUAAUGGAUAUGGAAGAGUCAGAAAUCGAAGUAAUUGAAGGCAUAUGUUCAUCAUUAAAAUCUUUAGCACAAAUACUACAAGAUCAGCAUGAACAACGUCAACAUAGUCUCAAGUCGUUUGUUUUAACAAGUUCAAAUUCGAAUGCAAAUGAAGAAGUAGAAAAUUAUAUUUGUUCAAUGAAUGAAAACGGUGAUAGUAUAGAAAUGACAAAAAUUGAUUAUGACGUGUUUAUCCCAGCAAUAGAUUCACACGAUACUGGUGAUGAUGGAUUGAUUAUGACACCAUCAUCAGCAAUAAUACAAACAAACAUCAUCAGUCGAAAAAAAGAAAUAAAUGAUAGAUUGAAAGAAAUUAAAAAAGAGAAAAAUAUGUUACAAAUAAAAACAACAAAUAAAAAUGACGAACAGCAGUAG